AUGGAAGCUGCUGGAGGUUGGGUGUCAUCAGCGACGCUGGAGAAGCUGCAGGCGGCCUCCGGUCUGGCCUUUUCGUCGUUCCUUGGGCUUCAUCUGGCCAACGCGUGGCUGGCAGCUCCCCUCGGCCAGGUGGCCUACGACGAGGUGCAGGCCGUGCUCCGUCGCUGGUACCAGCUGCCCCUCUUCGCCGAACCCCUCGUGGUCUUCCUCCCGCUGGGCGUCCACGCCGUCACCUCCGCCGCACUGGUCUACCGCCGCCUGCAGCGGGCCAAGGAACUCUCUUCUGCCGACGCGAGCCCCACCACCGCACCACGAGCUCCGUGGCAUCUCACACUCCAUCGAUACUCUGGAUAUUUGGCGGCGGCGCUGGUGGGCGGCCACGUGCUGGCCACGCGAGGCCCGUCCUGGUUCCUCGGCCACCUGCCGGCCGACUUCUCGACCGUCGCCUUCACCAUGGAGGGCCUCCUGGCGCCCCUCUUCUACCCCUACUACGUCAUCUUCUCCUCCGCCGCGGCCUACCACGCCCUCUACGGCACCUCUCAAGGCACUGUGCCGACUCGACCUUGCUCUGUCGACAAGAUGACCGAACUACUGACUUCGUCGCUGAGGGUGCUGCUCCCGGCCGAGUGGACCUAUAAGAGCCGGUUUGCCUGGGUGCGGUCGCUGUUCAGGGUGGAGAAGAAGCACGUGUUCAAUACCCUCAUCGUGAUGUCUACUGCUCUCUCCAUUGUGGUACCAAACUGCCACACACUGCCACACACACAAUACACACACAACUGCAAACUCUCGUACGGAACGCGAUAG